CGUCAUUUCCUUCAGUGAGCGGAGCUCAACGGACUUGUUCUUUUCCUCAGCCAGGAUCGCGGGAUGAAGGAGGUGAAAAGCGAGCGGGAACGGGGAAGCCGGCGAAGGCACCGAGACGGGGACAUGGUGGCGGCGGCGACGGUGGUGGUGAAGCAGGAGCGCCUCAGCCCGGAAACCGUCCCUCCCGCCCACCGCCGCCCUGACUCUGGCCACAGCCAGUCCUCGCCGGCCGGCGAGCCCAGCCGCCCUAGUCACCGCGGUAACCGAGCCCGCGGAGGCAGCCGGUCCCCAGCCAAAAAGAAAAGCAAGUCCUCAGGGAGAAGAAGCAAGUCUCCACGGGGUAAGAGAAACCGAAGUCCUCACCACUCAACAGUCAAAGUGAAGCAGGAACGAGAAGAUCACCCCCGGAAAGGACGGGAGGAUCGGCAGCAUCGGGAACCAUCAGAACAGGAACACAGGCGAGCUAGGAAUAGUGACCGAGAGAGACACCGAGGCCAUUCCCACCAGAGGAGGACCUCUAAUGAAAGGCCUGGGAGUGGCCAGGCUCAGGGACGGGAUCGAGACAUUCAGAAUUUGCAGGCUCAGGAAGCAGAGAGGGAAUUUUAUAAUGCUAGACGGCGGGAACAUCGCCAGAAGAAUGAAGUUAGUGGCAAUGAUAAUGAGUCUCAGGAGUUGGUUCCUCGACCUAGCAGCAACAAUAAAGAAAAAGAGGCUCCCGUUAAAGAAAAGCCAAGCUUUGAACUCUCUGGGGCACUUCUUGAGGACACCAACACCUUCCGGGGUGUAGUCAUUAAAUAUAGCGAACCCCCAGAAGCCCGUAUCCCAAAGAAACGGUGGCGUCUCUACCCCUUUAAGAAUGAUGAGGUGCUUCCAGUCAUGUACAUCCAUCGACAGAGCGCCUACCUCCUGGGUCGGCACCGCCGGAUCGCAGACAUUCCUAUUGACCAUCCCUCUUGUUCUAAGCAGCAUGCAGUAUUUCAGUAUCGGCUGGUGGAGUAUACCCGUGCUGAUGGGACAGUUGGCCGAAGGGUGAAGCCCUACAUCAUUGACCUUGGCUCAGGCAAUGGAACCUUCUUAAACAACAAGCGCAUUGAGCCACAGCGUUACUAUGAACUGAAAGAAAAGGAUGUGCUUAAAUUUGGGUUCAGUAGCAGAGAGUAUGUCUUGCUUCAUGAGUCCUCUGACACUUCUGAAGUAGACAGGAAAGAAGACGAAGAUGACGAGGAGGAAGAGGAAGUGUCCGACAGCUAGCAAACUAAGAAAUGACUCAAACUAUUGAGAGACCUUUUCCUUCUUGGAAGACUUUGGGAUUGAUUCAGAGAGCACCUUGGUGCUCUCUGUAAUGCCUCUUAUUGCCUUAAGUCUUUCCUCUGUUGCUGACCAGCUUGUGUUCCAAUUUAAGAAAACCGACUUAGGUUUGGUUCAGCUUUUUUCUGUGGCGUGUCAGCCACAUCCAUGCCUGUGGGCAUUUUUUUUCGGAACAGUCUCACCAAUUACAACACAUCGUGUUUUAGUAGAAGCGUUGUGGUUUUAGUUGGUGCUUUUAAAACUGCAGCCUAGGAAACUAAACCCUUGGUUAAAGGGGGAGUUGUGGCUUGUUCUCUUUGUACAGUUACUUUAUUUAUAUAGUUGGUUAAGCUUUGUGGACCAGGUUUUGUUUUUGUUCUGCUUUGUUUUGGGAGCAAACUCCUGAAGCUUUGGUUAUUGCCCAGACAGCCUCCAGUAUAUACCAAAGCUUUGACCUGGUUGAGCUCUUGAGUCAUAGAAGUUGAUUUUGCACUUAAUUUUUGGGGGGGAGAUGGGAAUUUACCACACGACCUCAUACAGACUGAUAAAAAGUUGCUUUAUGGAGCCAGCUUAAGCAUAUGACUGGACAGGAAGAUCAUGACUACUGCCAGCAGGUGCUGAUUUAAUGUCACGAGAGGCUGAAAUGGUUCAUGGACCUGUUCCUGGGCGAGGACUCCUGAUCCUCUGUGGAGCAUGUACAUAAACAGUUUGAUCAUCUUAUUUGUUCUUCAACUUUACAUUUUUAUUCAAAUGUUAAUCUUUUUUUCUUUGAGAAGUACAGUGUCACUUAUCUGACAGGGUCCUUGCUCAAUUCUAACAACAUGUGUAUAUGUCCAAAAGAGGUCGUGUAUUUUACAUGUUUCAUCUUUGGAAAAAAUGUUCAGAGAGGUUGUAUUUAUCUUCCCGAGGCUGGAAAGCAGGGCAGUUGCCCAGUUUCCUACUUUUCUACCAGAGGAGUAUGUGUAAGUAGAAAAGUAUUAUCUACUUACAUAUGUAUUGUGUGUGUCUGCAUAUAAAUUUGUAUGAAAGAGCUGCAUACUGUUUUUCAUAUGAGAAUGUUUUGUGAUGUAAAUGUAAUACUACAUUAUAGGCCAAGGCCUCCCUGCGUUUGAAGAGCAGGUUUUCAUUUAUAUGUAUUUUUGGGAAAAAAUAAUAAAAUUUGUAAAUAUAGCCCCAUUUCAAGGGUAAUACUUUCCUAGCAUACAGGACCUUGUGUUAAUAGAUCUCUUUGCUGCUAAAGGAGUCUUCGUAUCAAUAUUUUUGAGGUAAAAAUAGGUGAUGAUAUAGGAUAUCAUGAGGAGAGACCAGGAAUAGUGAAGCUAGAACUGGCACCUACACUGAAGUCCAGAUUUUUCUAUCUAGGUGAGUGAGUGUUGGUCAUGUUGAAGCAGCAGUGCGUUCUGAAUUGGCAAUGAAGCCUUUUUCCUUCCCGGAAGAGUCAGAGCUUGGAGCAGAGGUACAUGGUUGGCCUCAUACCACUUUAUCCUUGUCCCUUCCAUUUCACCCUCAGGUGGUGGGAGAGAGGAGGAGAAAGAAGAGAUGAUGUAACUCAGUCAGUGCUGCAACUAAUUAUUCUUCAGUGGUUGAAACUUAUGAUACUAUAGAUUGUCUUCAUUGUUUUUACAUUAUGGUCUCAUAUGCCCACAUGUACUCAUGGCUACAUAUUGAUUAGUGUGGAAGGGGACAGCAGACUAAUAGAUGAACUUAAAAGGUCCCCUUUGAAGAGCAAACACUAAUAAGGUCAAUUAGAUGUAAGGUAAGAUGAAGGGAAGGUGCAAAAACGUAAGGAUGAUUAGCCUUUCCCCUCCCAUUUUGCUCUGUGUUGACCACUAUAACUGCUGUGUGUGCCAUAGAUCACAUAUUACACAGGUGCAUAUCCAAAAAGUGGAUACAGUUUUGAUGAACUCUUUCUAUCUAACAUCUCCCUCCAGGGCAUCCUUGUUCAGUUUGUGCUAUUACAACUGCUUCCUGGUGGCCUGGGACUUGGCGUCAACCACCAUCCUGGUGGGUACUGUGAUAUAUGACCACUCUACAUUUUUCAAUAAAAGUUCCCAAUUGCAUAAUCAGCUUUUGCUUUAGUGGAGGAAUAUCGUCCUGGAUUAAAAGAUUCUUCAUGACAAACAUCUAGAAAGGUGUUUCCCUCCCUCCCCCCUCCCUUUUUGGAAGAAGAAGAGGGUCAAAGAUAAGACACCACCCAUCUCCAAAGGGAGAUAUUACCAGCAGAUUUCCCAUUUGAAGGUGACACAAUCCUAAGGCUUCAUUCUGUUUAGAAACUCUUGUUCAUCUAGCUAUUUGCGACUUCUUCCUUCUACACCUUCUGUCUACCCUGGCUGGCUUAUUUGCAAAUCGUCACUGUUAAAACCAAGCGAACUGCAAAACAGCCCUUUCCUAUGCUCCCCUCUGCCAAGUCUUUGGUAGUCCGCGGGUCUGUUGAGAUACGGGACAGAAUCUUCAGAUUUUCCGAGUAAGCCUCGUAGUCAUCUUCUAGUUCCUCUUUCUGACGUUGACAAAGGGCAGCUCAUUAGGUCCAAUGAGGGAUGUAACUUUCACAUACUUUUACCGUAUCCUGGUGAUACUAAAGUGAAAGCAGAAAAUAGUUCAGAUAAGAUUUUUUCUUUAAUUUGUAAUAUGUAUGCCAGUAUAGGAUAUAACAUGGCUUUAAAAAGCUUAGGACUUAUUUAUACUUCUAGUUGAUUAUCGUUUGAUAUGGUGCACAGAUGGUUAUAUUUUUUAACAUCCUACCCUUUGUGGAAAUUAGUUCUGGAUCUGAAGAAUGAAGUGAUAUGUUAAUCAGAGCGUAAAUGUGACAAACAACAUACCAGAAAUGCCUGCUUAUGAAAUAAUGUCCUGAGUCCACAGUGUUCCUGGGUAUGUGAGUUUAUAUCAAGUGGAAAAGCUAUUCAAUUUCAAUUAAAGUUUUGGAAUUUAAAACUUCA